ACAAGCCCUAGUGAUGUCUCUUACUAGAGAAAGAUCUCACUCCAUUAGACUGCAAUAAACUGAAACCACAAAUAACAGCCAAAGUGCAGGGCAGGGGGACAGUGUAAUGAGGCCGAGCACUUGGUACUGCGGCGAUUGACAGGGGCUGUCAAGAGCUCCUGGCAUUACCGAUCCCGUUGCAACCCUUAAAGAGAGAACAAGGCUGUGCAAUUGAAAAGCCCAGAGUGUUUUCGCCUCUGAUGGUCGUGCCUAGUUUUUAAUCAUCCCGGACUGGAUUUUCCUUUUCGUGUUGAAGUUUUCAUCAGAAAACACCGGAGGAGUGGAUUUUGGGGAGUUCGAUCGCAAAGUGUCAGGAAUCUCGGCAGGUCUGGCAGCAUCUGUGAGAGAGUAAACCAAAGUUAAUGUUUCGGGUCCAGAGUCGACUCUUCAGAACCGAUUGUAGCCCGGAAAAGGUGAUGACAAAGAAACCGUUCUGUACUCGGAUUUGAAACCUAAGAGACGAUAUUGUUUGACAAACAGAGUGAGAAAUGGGAAGAAAGAAGAUACAGAUUUCACGGAUUGUUGACCAGCGGAAUCGACAGGUGACCUUCACCAAGAGGAAGUUUGGCCUGAUGAAGAAAGCGUAUGAACUGAGUGUGCUGUGUGACUGUGAGAUCGCGCUCAUUAUCUUCAACAGCACCAACCGGCUCUUCCAGUACGCCAGCACAGAUAUGGACCGAGUGCUACUCAAGUACACGGAGUACAGUGAGCCACACGAAAGUCGCACUAACUCGGACAUCCUUGAGACGCUGAGAAAAAAGGGUUUAAAUGGAUGUGAGAGUCCAGACCUGGAGAUUGAUGAUUCCGUUGAACCAGGCCUGGAGGUAACAGACAAAUACCGAAAAUAUGAAGCGGGGAAUCACCUGAACAACAGACCAAGGGUUUGUGCAGGUACUCUGUCUAACCAUGAAGUGUCCAUUGUGGCUGCCACACAGAGUGCUGCCAAUUUGGCCUAUAGCAACCCCACUGGCUCCAUCCUAAAUCGAGGACCAUUGCCACAACCAGUUGUAUCUCGGAGUGCUCCUUCAUCAGGGUUGACAUCGCAGGUGUCUACAAUUUCUCAUUCAGGUGCUGGUUACUUGAAUACCCACAUCUCACCAGGGAUGCUGGUCUCCCCUGGUAACCUCAACAGAUCUAUGGCAACAAGGUCCCCAACGCCUGUGAAUCUUGGUCCCGACAAUCGCAGAAGUGAAAUGCACGCAGUCUCAGCUGGCUCCAGGAACAUGGUCGCUUCACUGAGAACGAAUACAUCAGCCCUACAGCCCACCUCACCGAUGGUUACCAUGGCAACACCCAGUCUAUCUGGCCAUGGAUUAGCGAAUUAUUCUUCCACGCUGACUGGUUACACACUUAACGACAACGCAUCUGUCUCUGCGUACAACUCACCAGGUGGUGCCCAUCAGGACCAGACUGCUAUUUGGCCACUGCGGCAACACCAACACCACCAUCCGCACCAGGCUGACCUUCAAUCUUCAGCGCACCCCCACCUGGGGGUUAUUGGCAACUCCCACCUGAACCAGAGCUCCAACCUGGCCUUGCCCACCUUUCAAGCAGUCAGCAUCAAAUCGGAACGUGCCUCCCCCCACAGCGAUGGUGGAGGGGGCGGGGGUGGUACCAGUGGUAUGUUCCAGCACCACGAGGGACGGUUGGGGCUCAGUGGGCUGGACAGCCCCUGUGAAGAGCCCAAGGAUUACGCCAAGAGCUACCAGUGCCCCAUUGUGCUGACCAGGCCUCCGGCCAGAGACGAGGACAACCUCGGGGCCAAGCGAAUGCGCCUUGUGGACGGCUGGCAGAGAUGACUCCCCAUGGUUGCGCCGCUUUAAUGAAAAACUGAUGGAGGCAGCUCCUGGAUCUUGUUUUUGUAUUUUUUUCUUUUGCAGUUAUUCCUGUGUUCUUAAUCACAGGGGCCAGGAAUUAAUUCACGUCGAAUCUGUUAACCCUUUGAGAACCACUUAUCACCUUGUGUGGGGAGGGGGGUGUGCUGGAGGAGCAGGAAAAGGGCCUUGUUCCUCCCCUACUUCUCUCUCCCCAGAGUCCAGGCUGGUUUGAAGCCUUCACUCAGGUUUCUGUAAUUCUGUUCCUGUCCACAGGUGGAUUUUCUUUUUAACUCCUUCUCCCGCCCUUCCUCUUUAGGUUCUGCAGGAGGUCGGGGUAAAUCUGUGCCCUGCACCUUCCUCCCAGUUGUUUCCAUUUGAUCCAUGAAAAGUUCUGAGCUCAGUCCCUGGCUGAAGGAGGGAGGGAGACCCAGACUGGACAGGAUAGGCUAAGCACUGAGUGUGUGUGGUUAGCCUGGAUGCUGGGCAUCUUGCUUUGCACAGCCAAAGUGGUCACCCUUCACAUGUAUAAUGGCAGGCUGUUUGACCUCCCAAUCCUCUUUUUCCUUCUUUCAUGGGAUGUGGGUGUCGCUGACUGGGCCAGCAUUUAUUGCCCAUCCGUAAUUGCCCCUUGAGAAGGUGGGGGUGAGCUGCCUUCUUGAACCGCUGCAGUCCACGUGCUGUAGGUUGACCCACAAUGCCAUAGGGGGGGAGUUCCAGGAUUUUGACUCAGGGAGACUGAAGGAAUGUUGAAUCAUUUCCAAGUCAGGAUGGUGAGUGGUUCAGAUAUAGCGUUAUAUCUGGUGCCCUUAUCCUGUUGGAUGGUAAAAGUUUGUGGGAUUUGUAAGGUGUUGUUGCAGGAACAUUGGUGAAUGAGUUGUUCCAGCCUUCUCACUUCUCACCUGAUCUCCAUCCACACACACAUACAAUGGAUAGUGGAUAACAAUCUGAAGCAAAAACCCAGACUGAAAGCUUCCCUUCUUUGCCCUGUACGUCUAUGAGGGAAAAUGUAGUGACCCAGCUACAAGUAUGUGGAUUAUUGCAUUCAGAAAUCAUGGGCUGGAAGGGAUGCAUUUUUUUCACUAAAGAAUGGAUUGUGGUAUAAGCCACCCACAUUCCUGAUGAAGGGCUUAUGCCCAAAAUGUCGAUUUUUCUGCUCCUCGGAUGCUGCCUGACAUGCUGUGCUUUUCCAGCACCACUCUGAUCUUGACUCUAAUCUCCAGCAUCUGCUGUACCCACCUCGGCCUAAGUCACCCAUAGCCCAGCAACGAUCAGGAAAUUAUUUUUGCCUGCCUUACAUUGACUCAUUUUGUACUAAAGGAAAGCAUUAACCUGGGCGAGACUAACGGUGCUACAGAAUCCGAUUGUUUCGGGAGGAGUUGAGGGGAGACGAGGAAAUGCAAUUGAAGAUCGAGGCCAUUGAACAGAUCCCCACAAAUCAAUGUCAGUCGUUCACCUGCCAGACAUGUCCCAUAUCGACAAGGGAAGGUGGGGAUCAUUUGAACCAAGGGUGGGGAUCCUCAUGGUUUGGGGGCUUUGUACCUGUUUUGAUAUUGUUCCUCACUGACUUCAACCAAGAGUCAAAUUGUGUAGGGUGUGAAAAACAGCUGAUCUUGUCAGGCCAUCUGGCUUGGAUUAAAAUGGCCUUUUGUUAGAUAUAAAUAUAGCAUACUCUGCCAUUUCUUACAUAUUAAGGUUAGCUCAGUUGGCUGGACAGCUGGUUUGCAGUGCAGGGUGAUGCCAACAGCAUGGGUUCAAUUCCUGCACCAGCUGAGAUUACCAUAAAGGACACUCCUCAUCCUUUCCCCUCACCUGAGGCAGGUGACCCUCAGGUUAAACCACCACCCAUCAUCUCUCUAAUGAGAGAGCAAUCUUAUGGUUUGGUAGGGCUACAGCGACUUUAUUAAUCACAGAUUGGAAACGGAUUAAUUAUUGGAAAUGGACUUCUGUAAACUAUGGGUAUCCUAAUUUUAAAAAAGAACAUAAUGACCCAACUCAAAGUUUCCCAGAUUUUCCUGCAUUGCAGUGGGAAUGUAUCACAAGUUCUCAAUGCUCCUGAAUAUUUGGGUCUUGAAGGGUUAAAAUGCCCCUGGUUUCAAAUGGGAGACCGUUCCUUUGUUAAAUAUUGUUCUGUUUUAUAUUUUAAAAGUGAAGGUUUUUCGCAGUGCGAAUAGAUUUGUGUCAGUUUUCUCUCUGUUGUGUGAGACCUGUUUAAAGGUGGGUGGGGUGGGCUGAAAGGGAAAGUACAUAGCAAACUGUGCACUCUGUGCAUUCGGAGAGAACGUGCCUGUAUUACUAUUUUGUCACCAGAAUGUAUUUGUAUGAGUGACGCAAUGCCUUUUUUUUUACAUGUUUUUUGUGUUCUGGGUGUAAACGCAAGGCAGCUUAUCAGACACAUUUAAGAACGAUUCCCUUCACCUUCCCUUUACUUUCACGUCUCAUGUCCCCCUAUACUCCCUUCUUUUCAACACUCUCCCUUUGCCCCUCACCUCCCCUUUUCCUUUCUCUCUCUCUCUCUCUCUCACUCUGUCUCUCUCCCUCUGUCUCCUAUCCCUACCUUUCCCCUCUCUUCCCUUUCCCUCCCCUCUGCUCCCCAGUAAUUAAGAAACAGUUCCUCAUCAAGAGCCAGUGUUAGUGGUAGAGGUGAGAGAGUAAUGAUUCAGUAAAGCUUACCCUCAGAAAUUCUCAUUGGCUAAAAUAAACAUCAAACAUGUAUUUAUUAGAGAGAAAAUCUGUUUGUUACCAAUGCUAUGAGGGUUUCAAUUAAUUUUUGCAGAAUGUAAGAAAGCUUUAGUAAUCAGACCUCGAUUUGCAUCCCAUGAUCCCCCACACCAAACCCAUCUGAAAGCUAUCUUCAGCUCCACCAAACAGUGUUAAACAUAGAUGAAAAUCUUUUGACCUCAGAAAAGUAGGAUGUUAGUAACUUCACUGAAUUGUCCAGCUCUGAAUCGGAGAUGAUGUUGCUCAAGGAAAACCGGAUAUUGCAAUAAACUGAACCAGAAGUUAACCAUUAAUGUUGAAAGCUGCAGGGCUCUUGGCGAUUUCAGGACUUUGGCAUUUUAUUUAUAAUGGGAGUUAUUUGAGAUGUGCUGCAAACUCUCAGCACUGUGUGUCAAUUUUUAAUAUUUGAAGCCAGUCCAAAAGAGUGCACUUACUUAUCUGCAAUGUCCUUUAAUCUACAUUUGAUGUCAUCUCAGUCCUUUGAGGUUGUCUGUACUCUCAUUCCCUGAUAAAAUUGAUCCAUUGACAGAGUCUAUCUGUUGGAAAGCUCUUCUAGAACCUUCUCCCAUCUUUGGAAAAUGUGCAUGAACAAGUUUAUUGCCCUAGCCAAUCUCCCUCAGUUUGAAAUCCAAAUUCUUCCUCCCUACAUUGUUGCUUUUCCAAUCAGUGAUCCCUAAGCCUUCCUUUCAUUUUCCUCCUAAGCUCCAAAUCUCCCAAUCUUUCCUUCCCCUGCAUCUUCACUGAUGAGACGAAAAUUCAUCAUAAAGUCACUGAAUCAAACUCCUUCUUCGAAACAGUGAUGCCUUUCACAUCUCCCAGUCUGUCUCAACUGUCUAUAGACUCUCAAAUCCUGAGCUUGUUCUCAUCAGGCUACAGUCCUUAGUUUGCUUUGUCUUGAUCUGCAUGCGAUUCAUUAAUAAACUGAACAAGGAAUUCGUGAGAAUCUUCUUUACCCAGAGACUGGUGAGAAUGUGGAGCUUGCUCUCACAAGUAAAGGCUGAGGUGAAUAGCAUUUCAAUGAAAGUUUGAUGAAACAUGAGUGAUGAAGGAAUAGAAUGUGGGAAGGAUUACACAAAGAGAUGUUCAUAUAGAUCAUAAACACCAGAACAGACUGGUGGGUCCGAAUGGCCAGUUUCUGUACCGUAAAUGCUUCUCAAUCUUGUUGGUGCCCUACCAUGGAGAAUCUUCACUAGGAUUCCCAAUUUUGAAAAUUAAACAAAGUGAAAGCCAUAAGUCAAUGUAAUGAAGGAAAUUUGCCUCAGAUUUGUGUCCUGUAAUUGAGGGUUGAAGGUAGCAACUAUAUAUUUUUGUUCCUGAUAAUCAGACUGCAGGGGAAGAGUGCAUAGGCUGCAACACAGCAUUGGGUACAAUCAGUCCUUUAAUACGACAGAGAUCGAUUGUAAUAAAGUAUUGAUUGCAAUACGCAGUGAAGCAGUUGGUGCAGCAAGGCAUGGAUUGAUUGUGAUGGAACAUGGGCCUAAUGUCAUUCAAUGGCUCUGAUUGUGAAGGAGUUUGGGUAUAGAAGGAAGGAUUAUGCCCAACAGAAGUUUUUACAGGUGGUUUCCCAGUCAGUGCGAAGGAGUAACGAGCAUUUUCCCCACACGUGUUACCUGUGUCACUGAUUGGAAGAGAGUGUUAGAUUAUGAGAUGUCAAAGGAACCAGGAGCAGUCCAGAGGUCUGGUGCAGUUUAAGUGUUACCAACUCUGGUCAGACAUAUUCCCGGAGGUUUAAUCAUAUGGGCUUUCAGUACCAAACAUCCCACCCGUUAAAUAGCCUUUGUUUUUCAAUUCCAAUUUUCAUUACUAAUAAAUAGAAUUUUUAAAGUUUAUUUUAGUUGCUACUGUAAUUAAGCUUCCAGGUUUUGCUUGCAGCAGUGUCCAGGAGAUUGUCCACUUAUUCCUGGUGACUCCAGAGCAAUCCUGAAGAGUUGGCAUCAGCUCAUAUACUGUAUUAUGACACAUACCAUCCCUGUAAUAGUUGGUGAUCAUUAGCCCGUACCUGCCUGUAAUGAGUUGAAGGAGCAGGAUAUAUGCCAGCACCAUAUGGUGCCAUCCUAGGGAGUAUUUCAUUCCUUUGGUUGAGUGUGAGACAUGUGCCAAUCCUCACAGCCGUGAGUUUUCUUUAUUUUCUGGAGUAAAUGCCCAAUUUUGUUUUAAUUCAUUCACAGGAUGAGGAAGUCAGUGGCUAGUCCAGCAUUUAUUGCCCAUCCCCAAUUGCCCAGAGGGCAGUUAACAGUCAGCAGAGUGGCACAAUGCUUCAGUGGGAAGCAUUGCUGCCUCACAGCGCCAGUGACCCAGGUUUGAUUCCAGCCUUGGGCGACUGUCUGUGUGGGUUUUGCACAUUCUCCCCGUGUCUGUGUGGGUUUUGCACAUUCUCCCCGUGUCUACGUGGAUUUCCUCUGGGUGCUCCUGUUUUUUUUCCCCACAAUCCAAAGGUGCGCAGGGCAAGUGAAUUGACACGCUAAAUUGCCCAUGGUGUUAGGUGCAUUAGUCAGGGGUAAGUGUAGGGUAGGGUAGGGGAAUGGGUCUAGGUGGAUUGUUCUUCACUGGACUUGUUGGGCCAAAUGGCCUGUUUCCAUACUGUAAGGAAUCUAAUCUAGUCUACCCACAUUGCUGUGGGUCUGGAGUCACAUGUAGGCCAGACCAGGUAAGAAUGGCAGUUUCCUUCCCUUAAGGACAUGAGUGAACCAAUUAGUCAACAAUUUAGGUCUUGUUUUUAAAUCGAUGAGUAGCUGUCAUUCCUAUUGCUCCGCACCUCCCACCAUCUGGGGCAAAGUGGGUCAUCAUUGUGUGACAUCAUUAACAAGAUCAUUUCAGAUGUCACUAACAUUGGUUCACUUUAUUACAGACAUCCACUUCACUGUCUCUCUCUUCCGCCUCCCUCGCUGUUUCUCUCUCUCUCUCUAUCUCUCUGUUUGUUUUACAGUGCCCAACUCUUCAGAUAAGCCCAGUGACUUGGUUUAGCCAACACCAUCUGCUGACUCCUGAGCUGCAGGCUUGGUAGGGGUAGGGGGAUUGGGUGGGUGGUGGGCAGGAGGAAAGCAGUGCUAGCAUUUGGUGGGGAGUGUGUCAGGCACAACGAGAGAUUGUGUGACAAUCCUAGGGGACUGUGUGAUGGACUAUAGGGAGAGAUUGUUGAGUAUAUGGAGAUGGGCUGUGGGAGAACAGCAAAGGUGUUGCAUUAAAAAUUGGGGAGCGGGCAGCAUUUGAAUGUACAUGGCAUGGAAGAGUGAGGUGUAUCUCUGCUGGAAAUGAAGGGAUCUGAGAAUCACAAAUGUAAUUCCAAGGCGAUGUCCAGUGCCCAGAGAGGGUUAAUGGAUCUGGUGUCCUUUUGUUCAGUUUACUAACAGCUAUUAGUUUAAAAAAAUUAAUUGAUUCAGAGGAUCUGACAGGGGUCUGUAUUGCUCACCCUUCACUCCACUUGGCCAUUAAUUUGAGUGAGCUUAAAAAUGUGAUGCUGGAAAAGCGCAGUAGGUCAGGAAGCAUCAA